AUGGCUGAAUAUGAUGCUGGAAAUUUCGAGAUAUCUUGGCACAAUUUGCCGGAUUGGUUCAAAAGAGAUGUUGUUGGUUUCUUGGAUUUCAAAUCAAGAAGAAACCUCCGCAGCUGCUCGAAACUUCAUCGAGAUCUCGUGGACUGCUGUCCAUUUUUCAUUGAGAAACUUGGAUUUUUCUUGUCCGUCUCUAGAAUUUCCAUUUAUUUCUCCACGGACUACAAAACUAUCACAAAGCAUUCUUAUUCUAAAAAUGAAAAUACAUUUACUGAAGUAAUCCAAGAUUUCCUACGACUUUUCCAAAACUCGAAAUCUAUUGUGAACGAGUUGACUGUAGACUUUUCCGACUUGGAAAAGUCAAAGAUGGUGAUUGAUGAAAUUGAGAAAAUCGCAAAGGAGAAUUUCAAAAUUAGAGUGAAGAAAAUUAUCUGGUACAGCUGCCCGAACAACUUAUCUGCAGUUCAAUUUGUUAACUUUAUUACUGUUGGAGCUCUGGAAACUAUAAGAUUCGAAUAUCAACAUGGGAACUUGGAAAUGAUAAAAAGGCUGAUAGAAACGGAGCAAUGGAAGCAGGCAGAAGAGAUAACAACAUCUACAUUAGUACCUAAAGGAUUGGAUAUUGAGAAGUUUUCACAUGUCAAACGUCUGAAGAUUAAAGUUGAAGAUUCGGAAUGGGAUGUUCCGAAAAUUCAAAAUUUGAUAAUGAAUUUCAAACGACAAAAUCAUCCAGUCGGCUCUUUUUUCUCGAUUCUUGUAUAUUUCCGUCCCAAAGGUUCAGAAAGAGAGGAAGAGGAAAUUCCCACGCCAAUCAUUGUUGAUGAAGUAAAAAUCCUUCCGAAAUCCGGUUACUAUUUCCGGAUGCCAAAUAAGAACCAUUUUUUGCGAGUGCAUAGAUUAGAGAAUGGAAUUGAAGGACUUGUGAGGGAUAAUAACGAAUAUAUUGAAUAUUUUAUUUUGUGA